UCCACCCCAAUAUUAUAAACUUUAUUACCUUUAUUAUUUCCAAAAGAUUUAUAUCCUUUGUCGCGGAUGGAUCUAACUUUAGGACUUGUGGCGUUGGCGUUCCACAGAGAGAUGGAACUCAUCCUUCCUCGUUGGAUGAUCUUGAUUUUUUGCAGCAAGUUGGCAAUGCAAACUUGCAAUUUGGCAUUGCCAACUUGCUGUAAAAUUGUGGCAAUUUGCUGAACUAUCUGGGUACUCCUUUGCAGAACCUCUUCAUAAUAGGAUUAUUUCCUAAAUUGCAAUUUAAGACUAGUGAAAUUGCUGAGCGGUAGGUAUUUAUGGUCCUGUACGAAUUUGAAGAUUCUGCGAUGGAUGUUAGAAACUCAAUUGCUUCCUGGGGUGAUGCGUUAAAAGUCGAUAUAUUUUUCUCUCCACAGAACUUCCACCAGAGCCUCAAUGGUUUUUCAUAUUGUUGAUAUGUUGCUUCAGAUAGAGACUGAAGCAUUAUUGUUGCCGAGGACUCCGAGAUUCCUUGUUUAAGAAAAGCUUCCCUGAUAGCUUUCCUGCUACCAUUGAAAGCUUCUCUGCCAAUGGAUGUUUCUCUCUGAAAGGACACAUAAGAAGAUCAUUGCUUGGUUCCAAUUAAAUUGGUUUGUCCACUAACAGUGACUUGAAUAAAGGGAACCAUGACUGGGUAGGCCAAUUAGGAACUAAUACAACCCCUUCCGCUUUAUCCGUAAUAAUUUUUUGUAAAGUUCUGAAGACUAGUUAAAAUGGUGGGAACGCGUAAAACUUGUAACUACUCCAUUGGAUAGUGAAAGCAUCAAUCUCGAAUGAAUCUGGAUCUUGUUUCCAGGACACAAAUUUUUUACAUUUCGUGUUUGAUUUAGACGCGAAAAGAUCUAUUUAAAAACUACCGAAUCUGUUUUUUAUUUUUCCGAAAGCCCAUGGUGCUAGUUCCCAUUCUGUUUCUUUUGGCAGAGUACGCGAUUCUCUGUCUGCUAAUGAAUUUUCGCGAGAUGAGAUGUACGAAGCGAAAAUAUAAAGUCCCUUUGUUCGCACCAUUUCCAGAUUUCCUUACAUAAAUUGGUUAGUUUUGGGUAUUGGAUGCUACCCAUUCUAUUUAUGUAGGAAAUUGCGGUUGCAUUGUCGAUUCUCAAAAGAAUCGAGCUUGGUUUGAAAAUUCUCGAGAAACAUUUCAAUCCGCAAAAAGCCGCGAGAAGCUCUAGUUGAUUGAUAUGGAAUUUACUUUGUUUAUCGUCCCACCAACCGUGUAAUUUGUUUCCGUUUGAAACUGCCCCCAACUUGAUAAUGAGGCGUCUGUAAAAAUUUCAAGUUUGAAAUUUGAUGUUUUGAUGGCUUUACUCGCGGAUUGGAUGUUUUUCGACCACCAUUCAAUGUUAGGCAACAGUGACGCUGACAAGGGCAUUUGUUUAUCAAAAUUCCCGUUUUCUCUUAUGAGGGCUAGGUAUUUUUCUCUUUCGAGACUCUUCGUAUAGAGUGUACCAUAUUUUACUGCGGGACAUGCUGCGACAAGUGUCCCUACGAAUUUUGCUAAGUGUCUAAUUUUACAAUGUUUUUUACAUUGAAAAGAUUCCGUGUGUUGAGAAAUAGAAUGCUUUUCCUCUUCGGUAAGUUCGACCGACAUUUUUUCAGUGUUCCAAAUAAAUCCGAAGUAUUUUAUUUUUGUUGAAGGGGUAGUGAAGGAUUUUUCUUUAUUUAUAAUGAAUCCUAAACUUUCUAAUAAUUGAGAUGUUGUUUCUAUGUUUUCCGAACAUUAUUUUUCGAUUUACCGAUUAGUAAAAAAUCAUCUAGAUAAAUUAUUGAAAGUAGGGACUGCGACCUAAGAUUUUCUGCUACGGCUUUCAUAAUUUUUGUAAAAAUAUAGGGGGCUGUACAUAAGGCGAAAGGAACGCAAAGAAACUCGUACAAUUUCCCUUUAAACGAAAACCUAAGAUAUUUUCGGUCUGACUCUGCUAUUGGAAUUGUAUUAAAUGCGUCAGACAAGUCUAAGGUUGACAGAAGUGUAUUUUUAAAGAGCAUUCUGGAGACUGUUUUCUUGUCCUCAAUUUUAAAACGUGGUGGGUCAAGAAAUUUAUUUAAUUUCUUGAGAUUGAAAAUAAAUCUUUUUUCUCCAUUUGAUUUUGCCGCUAGAAAAAAGGUAGAAAUAAACUGUUUAUUUGGUUUGCACCUAGAAAUUACCCCUUUUUUAAUUAAUAAGUCAAUUGCGAUUUCUCAAUCGGUCUCUUCCUCUUUCUAGAAGUGGACUUCCUUUGGAGGUUGCUCUUGCCAGGGCUGCUUUAUUAAGGAGAUUUUAUAACCUAUGACGCAUUGUUAGAUAAAUGUGUCACUUGUUAAUUUUAACCAAUUAUUGUAAAACAGUUUUAAUCUACCUGAAGUUGUACUCACCUCGCUUAUUGGCGUGGUUUCCUUCUCGUUUGGUGAAAUUUCUGGGAUUUUUGCCCCUUCCUCUGGUACGGCUUGUAGUUCUUCGUGAAGGGUCUCCUGAAGUUUAAAUGGUUAUCUUAAUAACCUUGAUGUUUUUUAGAGUCGCCGGUUGUUCUCGGUGGACGCGACGUGCUUGGUUUCGUGAGAUCUUUACCAGAUCUUUCUGCCGCUUUCAGUUUUUCUGCGAAGUUAGACCCAAAUAGAAGAGUUCUCGUGAUCUUUUCGUUUUUCUUUUGUCGAUUGAAUGGGUAUGCUUACCCAUGUCUUCACUUUUAUUUAAUUUAUUUAAAAUUUACUAUUCUUUUCUCGACGUGUGUUGACCGGAUCGCACAGAAAAGCGUAAUGACGGUGCAGCAAGAGGAGCGCCCACUGGUUACAAAGGGAUGUAAACUUUUGGCGCUUACUUUAAAAUCUGUGGAUCGGAUCGAGCAACUUGCGUUACUACAUUUGAUGUAGAGGAUGAGACCACGUUGCAUAAUCUAUCUCAUGCACUGUUUCCAUAUUUGGAUUAAAAAUCAAUUGGUACCAUUGAUUGUUUUGGAUUUUUUCAUAUCGAAAUUAGUAAAUUCCUUUCUGUUUUCAGAAAACAAUUCACAUUCAUUAAUAUAAUGAGCUAUUAAACUUUUUUCGAAACCACAUUUACAUUCUGAGGAAAAAUUCCAAUUCAUUCUCAUAAAAUGUUCACCAACACAAACGUGACCCGUCCUCAGUCUUGUUAUCAGGUUUAUUGCUCCCCUCGACAAGUCGUACACAGAGAACCAAGGUCUUUCUGUUUUUGUCGUAACGUAGUCAAAGUAUUUUUGUCUUGUUUUAAUUUCUUCAAAGAAUGGCCAUUGAGUGUCGAUCGCCGAUUUGUAAUCUCUAUCUAACAUUCUUUUUAUAUCUUCUUUAAAUAUUUUAACUUUAAUUCCGACUUCAAAACUCAAUGCCAUUCUUGCAAGUCUAUUAGCUUCUACAUUUCCCGCAAUUUGCGAGUGUGAAGGAACCCAGAGGAAUCUGACAUACCAACCACUUCGCUUUAAUUUCGAAAUCAACUCUACUAUUUCAAAUAUUACAGGACUCGAGUCUGAAUUCUCAAGUCGUUUCCAAAAAUUUUAGUGCCCUAAAAAUUGCAUUUGUCUCAACUACUAGAGCUGUCGAACAGCCGAUUAACCUCGUACUCUGCCUGACAUUUCUAGAGGGAAUAUAAAAACUUGCGCUCACUCUGUCUCUGACUUCUGAGUAUGAUCCAUCCGUGAAGAUUAGGUCAUACUCCGGAUAGUUUCCUCGAAUAUGCUCCUGUAAUUUAUUUUCUAGGUUCUGGGCCGAUCUGAGUUCGUAUCCAGUUUCUAUAUCACAUAAUUGAUCUAGCCUAUUAGAGCUUAAACAAAGUCUAUCCAUUUUUAAACGAAUUGUUAUAAAAAUAUAUUUGAAGUGUGUGAAAAGAGUGAUAAUGAUGAGUGAGGGAUGUGAGAGGGGAAGGUUGAUUGUGGGGGAUAGAAAGAAGAAGUGUGGAGAGACAACGCGCGUCGGUUUGACGUAUGAGGAGAACUGUAAAAGUAACACAGGCCUACAAAUUUUAGACCCAGAAACCGGAAUAGUCAUUUCCGAUGUAAUUUAUCACGCUAAAUCCAAAAAUGACAAGCAAAUUGCUCUAUCACGUCAGCGUUUUGAGAUAUUCUAACCUAAAAGUGUAAAAAAUGCCGUUUUUGGCAAUAUUUGAUACUCUAUAAAAUCGACAAAAAUUUUGUUUAAUCAUUCGUCCAAAUUUCAAAAGAAAGUAUUAUAUUUCCCCUUUCAAAAUUUUCUUGGCUCGAUCUGAUCCAAUUUUUUUUCUCUGAGAUACAGCCAUUUGCGUUUUACAUUGCAUGAACUAAAAUCCCUUUAAAAAAGAAAAAUAAAUUGCGAAGUACUCAUGGCACUGAAAAUUGUUACUCAGGGGGUUUUAAAAUCGCUAAUUACGAAUGUGAUAUCAGAUUCAAAAAUCUGACAUUUAAUUCGUAAUCAGCGACCCUAAAAACCCCCAAGUAAUAUUUGUUCGUCAGUGUAAUCAGUGUUAGUGGGGUUGAAUUUUACCGUUUGGUAGUUUUCCUCCUUAUCUGGUACUAUACCUGUUUGCUUGUCUUCCCGUGAUUUUAGUUCCCCCAGUAAGUGUUCCCUUUUAGAAUGUCCCAGUUACUUGCCUGCUUAAUCGUCCGUCAGUUCGUCUUGUGUAACCAUACUGUUUUCUGCAAUCAGUAAUUGUAGCUGUUUUAGAUUAAUUUGGUCCGAAUAAUAUGUCACUGUGCUACUGUUAGUUAAUUGUGCAGACCUUUCAUUUUGUUUCCCUGAAUUUAUAUUACAAACACUCCGAUGGAAAAGCCGUCGUUAAAUAUUGGAGAUGUCAGAAUACAUCUGAAUGUGGAGCUCGAGCUAUAACAGUUACUGUUGGGGACACUGUAACAAUACGGAAAGGGUGUAAACCUGAGGACCACACUCAUGCUCCGAAUCGCGAAAAAGUUACUGCCUUGAGGGUUAUUGCCGAUGUCAAUAAUGAUGCCACUGAACAUCCGGAAAUACCACCGGCUCAAGUCUUGCGAUCUCGUUUACAUGAGGUGCCAUCAGCAGUUUUGGCAGAACUGCCAGAUCGCCAAAAUGCGUGCAGCGAGAACGGUUAAAAGACAUGCCGUCCAACCCUCAAGAUAUGGAUGAUUUGCGUGAAAUUCCAGAAAAAUAUAGAAAAACUGUUGCUGGAGACACUUUUUUAAAAUAUGAUUCGUAUGAAGAUGAGGAUUAUAAUUUAGGUUGUGGCCGAAUUCUAAUAUUUUGUACUCAGGAAAAUUUGAAAACUCUAGCAAAAUCUCCAAUAUGGUACGUAGAUGGUACUUUCAAGACAUCUCCGGUAAUUUUUUUUUCAAUUAUUUGUCAUUAUGGGAUAAGUGGUUCAAAUGAACAAAGGCAUCCAAGAAACUUUUGCUCUUCCCUUUGUAUAUGCUCUUCUUGAAAGCAAAGAGCAGACAGCGUACUCAAAAGUUUUCCAAAUUACGCAAGAAUUAAUUCAAAAAAAUAAAAUUCAUUUUAUUCUGCCGCAAAUUAUAAUGUCAGAUUUCGAACUUGCCAUUGUCAAUGCUGCUGAAGACAAUUUUGGAAAAAUUGUUCGUUGUUGUUUGUUUCACUUGUGCCAAAACAUCUUCCGAAGAGUACAGAAUGAAGGAUUGCAACAACAAUACAACGACGAAAAUGAUCGCAGCAUCAAACAUGCAACGCAGAUGAUGUGUGCUUUGACAUUCGUUCCGCCAAAUAGAGUUUCUGAAUUCUUUGAUAUUCUUGUGGAUGAUAUACCGGAAGAUUUUGACCACGUAGCUGAUUAUUUUGAGGUUACAUAUGUUCGCGGUAAAGCAGCUCGAGGGAGAAGAAGGGCAGUGAAUGUACGCUACCCUCCCAAAAUUUGGAAUCAAUAUGAUGCGGUUCUUCAAAAUAUUUCACGAACGAAUAAUGCCUCAGAAGGUUGGCAUAAUCGCUUCCGAGUAGUAACAGGGCGAGAUCAUCCGAGUUUGUACGCAUUUUUUCGUGAACUGCAGAAUGAACAAGGAGACACAGACACAAUGUUAAGACAGCUUUCGAUUGGACAAAUAAUUAAAAAAUCCCGGGAUAAAAAAAGGCAGAUGAUGGAAGACCGAAUUUUUAAUAUCGUCAACAGUUAUGAAACUUUUCUUCAAAAAGAUAACAUUUUAGGAUACUUGAAAGCCAUCGGCUAUCAUUUACUUUUAAUAACAAUUUUUUAAGAACUUUGGAAAUUUUUCACUUUUGGAAAUUUUUUUUAAUUUUGGAAAUUUUUUA